GCUACUAUCAAAGGCGACCGAUAAUAGAUAGCAGUAAAUUUACAAAGAAUCGAAGUUAUAAAGUUGAUAUCACUGAAUUGAAAUCUUUCAAGUCAACAUAAAAAUGAUCCUGACUAGCUUAGUGAUUCUGCUAACUCUUGCCAGAAUGUCGGAAUGUAACGAAAACAUCAUUUACAGCAACAUGCUGCGUCUUGCAAUGAGCCGAUGGGGUUCUGCUGUGCACUCAAAUAACCUUACAAGUGUUGAUUUUACUUUUGAAUUAAUACCUUUUGAUACGCAACUGAGUGUAAGCACAGCAUUCAGAGCACCGGAACUUUGGUUUUACUUGAGAUCGUCUUACGAGGGCGAUUGGUAUACUGCAAUGGUGGGGUUAAGCAAGAAUGGAACUAAACUCAAUGUAGAAUUUGCAAAAUUCAGAACUCCUACUGUUUACGCCGCAAGUCGCAUUCAACUGCGACGUUUUUUCUAUUAUACUUUGACUGAAUCCGAUCUUAUCCGUGACCCGCCCUGCAUAGUCUCACUUCAAACAGAAAAUAACAAUGCUGCGGAAGGAUCAGUUCCUGCCUGUGCUUUUGACUUUUCACCAAUAAUACAAUAUAUGAUGAUAGACUGCGAGGACUUGGAAUUGAGAAAUUCGGAAGGAACUGCGGAUGACUAUACCGGUUUUUUAUUAUACAGACUCGAUGAUCAAGUUUCAAUUCCUUAUAGCUUUUGGGACCAUGUGAUGAACGUUAGACCUUGCCCCGAUAUACAGGAUCGCUAGGUACUUGAGAUGGACCAUCAGGGCUGUGCAAAUGUUGCCUCAAAACCUUUAGGAGAUCAAGCGCAUAUUUUAAAAACUACAAUCACAAUUUGAAAGGACGAAAAAAAAAUUCUGUCUUUAUCUAAAAUGGAAUUUUAAUAAUAAAUUGCAUAACAUUCACCAGCUGGAAAAAAAAAUCAACUUUUAAUUUUAUUGCUUAUCUCAAAAUAAAAUUUACUCUAAUAUUUGAA